AAGCCAGGGCAAGGCAAACAAGGGAAUGCACUGUCUCGUUUCAGGUCGUUCGUUUGCGGUAAUUGUUGCGCCAAUUCUUCUGUCUAUAUUUGUAAUCAAUCAUCUCAAGAAGAAGAAAAAGAGUGCAACAAAAGAGAUCACGGAGGGAGCAUCUGCUCCUUUUUUCAGCACUGAGGGUGAAUACGAUGUAUUCUUGAGCUUCAGAGGCUCAGACACCCGUAAGGGAUUUACUGAUAACCUCUGCCACGGACUUCGCAACAUAGGGUCCAUGCCGAUACACGUGUUCAGAGACGAUGAUAGCCUCUCCAUUGGCGAGGAAUUUAGUUCACAGCUUCGCCACGCCAUUACACAGUCUAAGAUUUCGAUCCCUAUCAUCUCCGAAAAUUAUGCUUCGAGCAAAUGGUGCCUCCGUGAACUCAUUCAUAUGAUGGACUGCAAGAAGAGCAAGUCACACAUAGUAUUGCCCAUUUUUUACAAAGUGGAUCCAUCGCAUGUGCGGUAUUUGAGAGGAAAUUUUGGGAAGGCCUUUGAUUCACGUAAGAAGCGUUUUGAUGAGGAGGAUAUUCAGGAAGGGCGACGAGCACUUGAAGACGUGAGUUACUUAAAUGGAUGGGAAUCUGAGAAAAUUGCCAACGGAUGGACAGUUUAUGAACUUACAGAGCUCUGGGUUCCUUCAAUUGAGAGGACCGGCUUCAAGUGGAGACUCUGACAAACUGUAUUCUGAAUUGAGAUGGCUUCAGUGGCUUGACAUUGACCCCGAUUUGUCUUCUUGGACAACCAAUUUGCGUCUAUCGACAUUAUUGGUGCUGCAGUUGUCAUGCAACCGGAUAACAGAGGAUUGGAGUGGAUGGACUUUAAUCAUGGCAGAGCGGCUAAAAGUUCUCGAUCUUGCAUGUUGCGAAUAUCUGACAUGCACUCCUGAUCUCUCAGUUUUCACAAAGUUGGAAAUUCUCGUCUUGAAAGGAUGUCAGAGGCUGGAGCAAGUCCACCCUUCUAUUGGCAAUGUUAAGAGCCUCGUUUCCUUGGACCUGAGUGGAUGUGGUAGUCUCAAUGAGUUACCAGGAGAAUUGGGCCAAUUAGAAGAACUGAAAGAACUUAUUUUAGAUUAUGCUGGUAUUACAAAGAUUCCUACGUCAAUCGGUUCUCUGAGGAAGCUGAAGAAACUGAGUGCCCGAGCUUGUCAGUCAUUGAGAGAAAUCCCUAGCUCAAUUGGAAAGUUGAAAAAACUACGGAGGCUAAGUCUUGAGUCCUGCAGCAGUCUUGAAGGGGAAAUUCCAAGGGAAAUCGGUAAUUUGUCUUCACUUGAGAUUCUCCAACUCACUGGAACACCAAUACUUGACCUGCCAGAAACCAUCACGAAUCUUUCCUCUCUCAAACAUCUUAGCCUAGAGGAAUGUCACAAGCUCAGGUCGCUCCCAGAGCUUCCUUCUGGCUUAAAAGUUCUGAGGAUCUCUAGUCGGAGUCCCAUGUUGCCACAGGGUUGUUGCCCAAUGCACCUAGAAACACUUCAUGUUUCAUGGACGCGAUCGUCAUCUUCUUAAAUACAUCCCAGAGCUUCCCUCAAGGUCCUUGAAACUUUGUGGUGCCUUAACUCAUUCAUAUAUGCGGCAAAGCGGCAAUUAUAAGGUAUUUGUCGAUCAACUCAUUUGUUGACAGCUUAUUCUCCUUUGUAUAGGCUGCAUUCAGUUCUCUGAGGAAGUUGGAGAAACUGAGUGCCAGAUUUGUUGGUGAUUGAGAGAAAUCCCUAGCUCAAUUGGGGAUUUAUGGAAUUUGCAACAUCUGAACUUAUU